AUGGCUGGAAAAAAUACCAUAUUUGUUGUGGAAACAAUUAUCAUAACAUUUCUUUUUUUCAAUAUUAUUGGCGUAUUUUCUGAUGAUUUAGUUCCAAUUCCAGCUGAUAAAUCACAAUUAAAUAGUUGGUUUGAAGCAAAUGUUAAACCAUUAGAUGCAAGAAAAGACACUUUAGACCCUGCCCUUGUAGCUGCUGAAGCUAAUAAAACUAUUAUUAAGGUGAGGACAGAUGGAAGUGGUGAUUUCAAGACUAUAACAGAAGCUGUUAAAAGUAUUCCAGAAGGGAAUAAAAGAAGAGUUAUUAUUUGGAUUGGAGGUGGAAAUUACACUGAAAAAAUCAAAAUUGAGAGAACAAAGCCUUUUGUUACAUUUUAUGGAGACUCUAAAAAUGUCCCAAAUAUUAUAUUUCAUGGAACUGCAAAAGAAUAUACUACUGUUGACAGUGCCACUGUGAUUGUUGAAUCUGAAUAUUUCAAUGCUGUUAAUAUCAACUUCGUGAAUACAGCACCAAGACCAGAUGGGAAAAGUGACAAAGCUCAAGCAGCAGCAUUGAGGACAGGAGGAGAUAAAGCCUCAUUGUAUAAUUGUAAAAUGUUUGGAUUUCAAGAUACAUUUUGUGAUGACAGUGGAAAACAUUUCUUUAAAGAUUGUUAUAUUGAAGGCACUGUUGAUUUCAUCUUUGGCAAUGGCAAAUCCUUAUAUCUGAACACAGAGACACAUGUAAUUCCAGGGGAUCCAAUGGCAAUGGUAACAGCACAUGCAAGGGCAGCAGAAAAUUUUGAUAGUGGAUUUUCUUUUGUACAUUGUAUGAUUACUGGUACUGGAAAUACAGCAUAUUUAGGAAGGGCAUGGAAACAAUACUCUAAAGUUGUUUUCUCUUAUACUGAUAUGACUGAUGUUAUUCACCCUGAAGGAUGGUCUAAUUUUGGCAAAAAAGAAUUUGACAGCACGGUAUAUUAUGGUGAAUACAAGUGUAAAGGAGCAGGAGCAACUUUGGAUAAAAGAGUUCCAUUUACAAAGAAAUUAAGUGAUGAAGAGGCAAAACCUUUUAUUUCCCUUGCUUAUAUUGAAGGCUCCAAGUGGCUACUUCCUCCUGUGACACUUUAAA